AUGGUCAAGAAACGAAAAAGUGCAUUUACGUCUUGUGUUUCAGGUGACGUGACAACUCAGGUAGCGCUUCAGCCCGCGCUGAAGUUCAAUGGUGGAGGCCACAUCAAUCACACCAUUUUCUGGACGAACCUGAGCCCGAGUGGUGGAGGAGAGCCCAAAGGGGAAUUGCUAGAAGCCAUCAAGCGGGACUUCGGUUCCUUUGGCAAGUUUAAGGAGAAGUUGACAGCUGUAUCGGUUGGCGUGCAAGGCUCAGGCUGGGGCUGGCUUGGUUUCAAUAAGGAGCAGGGCCGCUUGCAGAUCGCUGCUUGCUCGAACCAGGACCCCCUGCAAGGGACCACAGGCCUUAUUCCCCUGCUGGGGAUCGAUGUGUGGGAACACGCGUACUACCUUCAGUAUAAAAAUGUCAGGCCUGACUACCUGAAAGCUAUUUGGAAUGUCAUCAACUGGGAGAACGUGGCUGAGAGAUACAAGGCCUGCAGCAAGUGAGCC